AUGCUCUUCAACACUUCAGAGAAGAUUUUAGAGUCGUCAUUAUUAUCAAACCCAACUGAACUGGCCUCCUAUGGAAACCGUGUGUUAAAAGCCAGUGAGAAACUCAUUUCUACAUUAGUGAAGCCGACAGACACAAAUUACAGUGUCAGUUUUACUCUUGCUGCUGUUGAGGGUAAAGUCUUCAUGGUUGGACCAAAUAUCACCUUAGAAAAAGUCUCUCAACUUGAGAUGAAAAAUUCUUCUGUGGACAUCGAUCUCAUUGGGAUUGCCAAGAACAACAAUGAAACAAGAUCAGCUGCUGUGGCUUUUAUGAGCUACAACACGAUGGAGAAUCUCCUGAAGCCAGACUUCUUCAACACAUCAAAUGACACAGUUAAAACCAUGAUGUCCACUGUGAUCUCAGCUACUCUUCCCAAAACCACCAACACUAAACUCACCAAACCAGUCAACUUCACCUUCAAACACAUCAGAGAGUUUAAUCCCAGUGGUUCUCUGUUCUGUGUGUACUGGAAUAUCAGCGAGUGGAUUGUAGAUGGUUGCUCUGUUUUAAAGACCAACAGCAGCUACACUGUGUGUUCCUGUGAUCAUCUGUCAACAUUCGCUCUCAUCAUGCAAACCAGCCACUCACCAGAGAGCACCUCACAGCUGGAUCUGUUGAAUUUGGUGUGUGUGAUCGUGGGGCUGGUGUUCUUCAGUUUGGCCCUGUUGAGCUUCACCUAUUGUCGAUGGAGUCCUAGAGUGAAUAAUGUGGCUCGAAUCAACAUCUGCAUCAGUCUUCUGUUGGCUCACCUUCUGUUCCUGCUCACACAGCAGUUCCUGAGCGUCAUACGGCCACAGCAGGUGUUGUGUGCCGUGAUCUCAGGCCUUCUGCACUUCCUCUUUCUCUCCGGCUUUGUGUGGAUGUUCAUUGAAGCUGUGAUGCUCUUCAUCUGUGUGAAGAACCUAUCACAGAUCAGCUCCAGAAAGAGGGAGGUGCUUAGCAGUGGAAUCCUGUGUGUGAUUGGAUAUCUGGUUGCACUGGCUGUGGUGGGCGUGUCUGCUGGUCUGGUUCAUGAAGGAUACGGCAGUGAACACUGCUGGAUUAAAAUGGAUAAAGCUUUUAUCUGGAGUUUUUUGGGACCUGUUUGCGUCAUACUAGCAUUAAACAUGAUUCUCUUUAUCUGCAUCGUCAUCACUCUGAACUCAACUCUCACAAAAUUGAAUGCUGAAGUUUCACAGAUGAAACAAACAAAGAUUAUGGCAUUUAAAACACUGGCUCAGUUUGUGGUUCUUGGUUGUCCCUGGAUUCUGGGUUUCUUCACUAAUGGCAGUAAGGUGCUGGAGAUCCUCUUCCUGAUCUUGAACUCCCAGCAGGGAACCUUCAUCUUCCUGAUCUAUUGUGUCCUCAAUAAUGAGGUCAGGCAGCAGUACAGGAAGUUCUUCAGAUGUCUUUGUUGUGCCAAAGAACACUGAAGACUGUAGCAUCACGUUCAGAAAAUGAGUAAAGUUCCAUUAUUAUAAAAAAAAGUGAUUCUAUCAUUAUUUAGAUGGUAUAUGAGUCUCAGCUAUGAAUUUCACUACUUUUUUUUUUUUAAACACAGCUGUAAAUACUCUGAUAUAAACAUUAAUUUUUCGGUGAAGAGACUGCUAUUAUUGUUUUAGAGCCUUGAAUUGUGUACAAAUGUGUAGAAAUGUAAUGUUUUUUCUGUUUAAAAUGUUUUAUUGAAGCAGUGCAAUUGUAAAUGUAACAUUUAUUCUUAUUUUCUGUUAAGGCAAUCUACUUAAAAACACUAUAAAAAUAGCUACUGCCCUUACACAAGAUAUUUAGACAAUAAAAAGUGCAGUCUUAUAGAAGGGGGAGAAAAAAAAAAA